UUUACGGGUGUUGCGCCUUGAGUGGAAAGAGGGUUGGAAUUUAACAAAAUUCAUAACCAAUCCACUAAUUUCAAAAACGGUAAAACCAGCACCCGACCCAAAAUUCUUGAGUUUUCGCUUUGACAAUCGUGGACAAUAUUAAUAAAGUGUUGGGUUUGGACGGUUUGUAUGGGUGCCAGAUGCCAUCUUUGUGCCCUCACAUUGGGGGGACUAUAGAGCAUGCACACUAAUUCCAUCCGCAAUAUCACUAAAGAAGAGGAAGAAACAUCACAAUUCACAACAGCUGUUAAUGAGAACAACAUGCAGCAGCAAUUUUAUUUUGUGGAGAAGAUGUGCACAUGAUCCGUGAGACAUUAAUUAUUUGGGUCAUAAUCUUGAAGUCAUAUAAGUCAUAAUAAUAAUAAGUAAAGCAGCGAAAGCAACAUAUGCAUGCAAUGCAAGAUGGGGAAUACUCAAUAACCCACUGAAAGAUGCAAAACAUACAUAUGGAGAUUCAAUGAAGUUCCAUUUUUGUCACUGCGAGAACUAUCACUAGAGGUAAUUAGAAAUGCAUGGAUCAGUGAUUCACGAUUGAACAUCUCCCAACAAUUCGAGUUAUUGGGAUUAAUUGGUUAUUGACAUGGUAUCAGAGCCUUAUGUGACCGAGAGGUCUUGUGUUCAAAUCCUGGUAACCCACAUUUAUUAAUCACAUGGUAUGCGGACCUGUGCAAACUUCAAGCCCUUGUGAGUGGCUUUCGUUUGAGGGGGCGUGUUAGUGUGUGGUAUAUAUGAUCCACGAUUAAACCUCUCCCAACAACUCGAGUUAUUGGAAUCAAUUGGUUCUUGACAUUAGCUGCUUGAAAAUGUUGUGCAAUGUGAUCAAAGAGAUAAACUGAAUGAUUCAAAUAUUCGCAGGAAUAAUAAUUAAUGUGAAAUAUUUAUAACUUAAAUUUACAUGAUGUUUCGACUGAUAGAUGUGUUUGCCACGAAUCUCUUUACACUUUUCAUAUAACAUUUGCAUUUCAAAUUGGUCACUCCUAUAUACAUUAGGGGAAUUUUUUUUUUUUAUACUUUUGGCUCCAUCCAUAAUUUCUCUCGUGAGAUGGGAAGGUGAAGGGUGGAUGGGAAGGUGGUUGUUUUGCCUAUUUGAGUUGUAGAAAACUUGCAACUUAUUACAUAAAUAAAGGUGGCCGGCCAGAAAAAAGGUUGAAAAAAUAUCAAAUGUGAACUCCUCCCAUUCUCAUGAACAUCUAAUAUAUACAUGUCAAAGUGACGGUGCCCAUCCAUGAUAUUUUUCUCUACCCUUUGGUUGCCUACUUUCUAUCUCAUCGUAAUGUUAUUUUUCAUGAUUGUUUCUUUGUUAUAUGCUUUUUAGGUUGUUUAGUAUGUAUAACAUAUUUAUGCAAAUAUUGUCUGGUUUAUUGUAUCAAUAGGAAAGUAAUAUAUCGAAAAGUCAUAUGUGUUGAUUAUUCAUAGUCAGUUAAAAAUAAAAUUUUAGAUUAGAAAGUUUCAUGUUCCAAAAUCUUGAUAACUCGUAUUAUUGAAAGAGAUUCAAAUAUGGAUCUUAUAUCAACUCCUUUCAUACUUCUUUAAAAAAUGGGUGGUUUUAUUGUACCUUGGGUAAAAUCAAAGGUAUGACAUACCUUGAGUAAUAAAAUGAUAUCAAGAUCGUGAAUUGACCGGAGUUUGGCAUCUAGUACUCUUCCUAAACCUUUAAAGAUUAAAAUCUAGAUCUUAAUUCUAUAAAUCUCACACACUAAAAUCAAUUUAAUCAGAAACGAAAAUCAACGGUCAUGAUUCAUCAAAAUAUAUGCACCAAACUACAUGUAUAAUCUUAGGGGUUAGGCUCUAUGGUUUAAAUAACUAAGACCUACGGUUCACUCAUCAAGGGUUAGAGUAUAGUAUCAUGCCCAAAAAAUCGGUUAAUUCGAGGUCUAGAUAGCGUUUUCUAACUUAAAGUAUGUCGUACCCUAAAUUAUACUCGAGGUACGAUAGAAGCCACCUUAAAAAAUAAAGCUUAUUUGAUCGAGUACAAAGUUUAAAUAUAGUUUGUAUUAGUCUGCCACACAAUUUAUUCAAAUAUAUAUGAACGGUUGAUUCAACGCUCUAAUACUACAUAAAUUAACAACUUAUUCUAAUUUAUCGAGACACAUACUCCCAGACAUGCGCGCGAUAAAUGUUUAUAUCCACCAUGAACUCAUUGCUCCAUGAUUAACAUCCAGCUAGCUACAUAUAUAUACUUAAAACUAAAAUCCAUCUGUAAACCUAAUACUAUCAUACAUUUGAUCUUUCUCCAUUACAGUACGUUAGUCAAUCUUCCCCUCUCACUCUUCCUAAACUUGUAGCCGUCCAUUAUUUCCAAUAAGUUCCUAUAGUUUUUUACAAACUCGAUUGACCACACGGCUUUCCCUUUCAUGGUGAUUUCAUCCUUCUUGUUUGUUUUGUUAUCUCCUAAACAAAUGAAUGAAUGAGCUGAUCGAUCGCACUGUCCCUAAACUUGUAGGGAUCCUAUUGGGGUAGUCUAUUAAACAAACAUGGAUCUAUAGGGAUUGUUAUCAUAUGCUAAUUGUCUAUUCAUGCACUUGCCCUCCAUCAAUUAUACACCCUUCCAAAAUAGGCUCAAAACACUUUUAGUAUUAUUGAGUUCUACCAAGUUAUAAGCUCCAAAAUUUGGCCAUAUAGCUGGAGUAGAUUAUUGAACAUCCCAUUAUGGCAAUUAUGAAUCUAUGAUCAUACAUCCCAUUAUUAGUCAUUCUCAUAAACAACUAAUUCAAGAAUGUUUAGUGGUAACAAACAUUGACACAACCAACUCAUCAUGUGAUUUUUAACCCUUUGAGACCCACAUCACUAUCCUAAUCCCAUUGAUCCAAAUUCCAUUACUUCUAUACCAUACUAUUUGUUAGUGUAACCCAAGCCACGCCGCAUAUGACUUGAAUAAUCAUGUAAGAUUAUAGUUGGGUUGACGGUUAUUAUAACUAGAAAAACUUACGUCGGCGUCUCUCGUGAUGUUGGACAUGAUGCCUAUAUAUUUGUUUUAAGAAUCGGAUUGAAUCUUGAAUGGACCAGAAGCAAAUGUAAAGGGAAAAUGAUGAUCAAAAUUUUGGCAAAAACAAAUCUACCUAAUUUGAUUCGAAUGUAUAUCUUUUACUGUUUUUUAAUAGAAUUUAUGAAAUUACGAUUGAAUCGAAUGAUAUAUUAUUUGAAUCAGCGUGAUUCAUAUAUCACAUCUAUGUGUUUAUUCGAUUCGAUUUGGUUUGGAUCGAAGCCAAUCUAAAACACCUUAGGGUAUUGAUACGCGCAUAUAGAGUGGUGAUUAGCGAGAUGACAGAUCUAAGCCUCUGUACAGGAAUCAGCUGGCAACGGCAAACUGACAGACGCAAAACAGAGGCGACAGAAACUGAUCGGAAGCCUCCAAGCAACCCUCCGAUCGCCACAGCACAGACUCUGUCACCUACUUCUCCCAUUUUUUUCCCCGAUUCCCAUUUGACUUCUUUCAUGAUUACUCACUAACAAUCAAACAACUAAACAAACCCACCAACAAAAUGUAGCGAAAAAAAGCUUAAGAAAACUCACGUAUUAAAAAAAAAAAAAAUACAAUUUAAUAUUCAAACCUUUCAUUUUAAACAAUAUAAUAGCCAAACCUUUUCGAAAACAAUCUAAUAUCCAAAUCGUCAACUUUAUGUUCGUUUGACCGUUAGUUGACACUCCAAAAAAGCUUUGUUUAGGGGAAAUUGUCACAAUACAACUUUGUUUCUUGUUUUGGUAUUGCUAUUGACUGGAUAUUUAGAUAUUCUAUACCAUCAUGGUGGAGUCAUGGACUUCUCAGGUUUGGAACACCGAUAUAUUGGUGGUUUUUCAGAGAAGAUAUCGAUGGAUAUUGAUGAAGUUUCGUACUUCGAACUUUUUUGAACUGUCAACUAACGGUCAAACAGACAGAAAGUUGACGAUUUGAAUAUUAGAUUAUUUUCGAAAAUGUUUGGCUAUUAUGUUAUUUAAAAUAAAAGGUAUGGAUAUUAAAUUGUAUUUAAAAAAAAAAACAGGGAAAAGCGGCGAAUUGCAUGUGACACUGCACCUUUCCUUCCCAACAGCUCCCACUUUCCUCUCCCUUAUAUAAUACCAGCUUCCCGCACCAGCAGCGCAACAGAAACCUACAGAAAAGCCCCCCCUCCAAUUUAGUGGGUGAUCAUUCGUCUCCGUUUCUCGCCACCUGUCUCUCUGUUUUAAUCGCUUCGCCGGAAACAGAGACCAAAAAUGAUGGAGGCGUGGAGGAAGAAGGCCGGGUCGGCGUGGGAGAGGACCAAGCGGGCUCCGGGGCUGGCAUGCCGGAAAAUGUGGCAAGUCGGAAAGGACGAUCCCCGGCGAGCAAUUCACGCCGUGAAAGUCGGGCUAGCACUCACUUUAGUCUCCAUGCUCUAUCUUCUCGAGCCCCUUUUUGAGGGUAUCGGCCAGAACGCCAUUUGGGCCGUCAUGACCGUCGUCGUCGUCCUCGAGUUCACCGCCGGGGCGACGCUAUGCAAGGGGCUGAACAGGGGAUUGGGCACAAUCAUGGCGGGAUCACUAGCUUUUCUGAUCGAGUUCGUCGCCGAGGAAACAGGGCAAGUGGGCCGCGCCAUCUUCAUCGGUUGUGCGGUCUUCAUUAUUGGGGCGGCCGCUACUUACUUGAGGUUCUUACCGUACGUGAAGAAGAACUACGACUACGGAGUCGUCAUUUUCCUCCUCACCUUCAAUCUCAUCACCGUCUCCAGCUUCCGAGUCAGCAACGUCAUGAAGAUCGCUCACGAGCGACUCAUCACCAUCGCAAUCGGCUGCGGAAUCUGCCUCUUCAUGAGCUUAUUGGUCUUCCCCAUAUGGUCGGGGCAGGAUCUCCACAACUCCACCGUCAAUAAGCUUCAAGGACUCGCCAGGUCCAUCGAAGUUUGUGUCGAUGAGUACUUUAGCGAUGAAGCUGUGACAGAGGUUAGAGAAGAAGAGAGUGACGAUGAGGACAAGUCAUGUGACGAGGACCCGAUCUACAAAGGUUACAAGGCAGUUUUGGACUCGAAAUCAAUCGACGAGGCUCUGGCAUUGUACGCCAGUUGGGAGCCUAGGCAUUCCAGGCACUGUCGGUAUCCAUGGCAGCAGUAUGUCAAAGUUGGAGCGGCUCUUCGUCGCUUCAGCUACACGGUCGUAGCACUCCAUGGGUGCUUACAGACGGAAAUCCAGACGCCAAAAUCCUGUAGAGCACUAUUCAAGGAUCCGUGCAUCCGGCUGGCCAGUGAGGUGUCCGGGGUGCUGAUGGAGCUAGCGACGAGCAUCCGAAACAGGCGACACUGCUCCCCGGAGCUGCUCGCUGACCACCUCCACGACGCCCUGCAGGACCUGAACAAGGCGAUCAGGUCCCAGCCCAGACUCUUCCUAGGCUCCAACUGCAGUCAGGCCAGCAACAUGCUGGCCGUGGCUGCAGCACAAGCCCGCCAGGAGAAAGAGCGUGAGGCGGCGGCAACAGGAGGAGGAGGAGGAGGAGCGUCGUUGUUGUUGUCGAGCGCCAAGACGGACACAUCGGCACUGAGGGAGUGGAAGAAGACGAGGAGCAAGAAGGAAUUAUAUACCGAGAGGAAGGUGCUUCGGCCACAACUGAGCAAGAUCGCGAUGCUGACGUGCAGCCUCGAGUUCUGCGAGGCGCUGCCAUUCGCAGCGUUCGCGUCGCUGCUGGUGGAGACGGUGGCCAGGCUGGACAGCGUGAUGGAGGAAGUUGAGGAGCUAGGGAGGGUGGCUGGCUUCAAGGAGUACAAACGUGAUGAUGAUGAUGAUGAUGAUGUGGUGACCGUGAAAUGUGAGACGCCUAGAGUUGAUGUUUGUCACAAUAACUUGCCCUCACAUGGAUUAGACUGAUUGAAUGGAUGGUUGAUUGAUUGAUUUGUUUUUUGGGUUGGUUUGGUAUGUGUAUAUAGUUGCAGACACAGAAGUAAUAUUGUAUUAUUAGUUAUUGGUCUUUGUCUGCUGACAUAUAUGUAGCAACCUUAAAGCUAAUAAUCAAUUGGGGAGUCUAUAGCUUUCUGAUGGGAAAAUUUUUAGACAGAUCACAGAUCAGAGAUUGAUUAAACAAGGGUUUUGGAUAAAGGAUAGUGGUGAUGGUAUGGAAUUGGGCCUCUUUGUGGGGUAAUAUCCUUCAUAUUUAAUGUUCUUUGUUACAUGUAACUCAUGGAGUUAAUGUACAUAAUCCAAGAAAGACAUCUGUGAAAUAGAGAUUAAGGUGUGGCGGCGUAGGCAAAGAAGGAAAAAAGAUAGCAGGAGAAAAAAAUAGGGCCCAACCGGGUUCGAACCGGUGACCUAUUGAUCUGCAGUCAAUUGCUCUACCACUGAGCUAUGGACCCAUUUGAUGUUAUAUAUAACCCCAUGCUAUUAUUCGUUCUUUAACGUUAAUCUCUACGUCGCUAAUUUCUGUUCAGCGACCAUUAUGGGCCCAAAAUAACUGCGAGAUUAUGUAAAACAUAUUUUUCCUGAUCAUAUUACAACGGUUGGGCCUCAGAUUUGGAGAGCUCAUGCGCUACUUAACGCGCAUAUUGCGAGUCACUGGCCCAAUAGCAUUGAUGUUGUCGCCUAGCUUUUACUUUUGAUCAUGAAUAGACCAGCCACGUAGAAAAGAGAUUUUCUUCUCUACAAAAAAAAAAAAAACUAAUUAUUCAUAAUAAAUAAAUAAAUAAUUA